AUGUUGCUAAGGCCAGAAGCGUUGUCUCCCUUUUUAAAAGAGAAAAGCAACGUGGCGCCCAGCCUUGGAGGGCUCCGUCUCUACCUACCUCCCACCAUGUGGCUCGCCAAGCCUUGGAGUUGGCCGAGUGCAGCAGCGGCCGUGAAAGCGCUGGCAAUUCCGUCCUCGAUUAGGUCAACUGCUGUCAGCCUCCAUGAGUAUCCAAGUAUUGUCAUAUGGGAGAAGGGGCCAGUCUCUUCAAGUGAAGCCUCUGGUUUUCCAGCAUUACCUGUUGACCAGAUAGGCAAAUCUGCCUACUUUUGGAGUUCAGUAUUAGGAAGCUCACGUGCCCACAAAUCAGCAGCUGAGGAGACUCCGGUGCUCACCGUGGCCAACGAAAAGCCCAAGGAAGGAGUCAAUACAGAGAACAACGAUCAUAUUAAUUUGAAGGUGGUGGGGCAGGAUGGUUCUAUGGUGCAGUUUAAGAUUAAGAGGCAUACACCACUUAGUAAACUAAUGAAAGCCUAUUGUGAACGACAGGGUUUGUCAAUGAGGCAGAUCAGAUUCCAGUUUGAUGGGCAGCCAAUCAAUGAAACAGACACACCUGCACACUUGGAAAUGGAGGAUGAAGAUACAAUUGAUAUGUUGCAGCAGCAAACAGGAGAUGUCUAA